UACAGAACAGAAGUCUCCCUAUUCUUUGUUUCUUUCUCCCCCUCUCCUACAACCAUUUCUGUCUUCUUCUUUACUCCUACUUUUUCACCACCCACCUCUCUUCCUUCGUUUUAGAUCAAACAAACAAAAACAUAUCUUCAUUUUCUCCCUCCCACCAUGGCUAAGCUGGUGGUACAAAUUCUUGAUGCUACUGAUCUCAUGCCCAAAGAUGGUCAAGGAUCUGUAAAUCCUUUUGUCGAAGUAGAGUUUGAUGGGCAGAAACAAAGGACUCAAACCAAGCCAAAAGACCUCAACCCUUCUUGGAAUGAAGCCCUUGUUUUCACCAUUCACAACCUCCAUGAUCUUCCCAAUGAAACAAUUCAUGUUACAAUGUAUCAUGACCCCAAAGGUGGCCAUGGUCAUCACAUGAACUUUCUUGGCAGAGUUAGAAUUUCUGGUGUUUCUAUCCCUUUAUCUGAGUCUGAGGCCAAUGUUCAGCGAUACCCUCUUGAGAAACGUGGCCUUUUCUCUCAUAUUAAAGGUGAUAUAGCUCUAAAAUUUUAUGCAGUUCAUGAUGAGUCUGGUUUUGCUGCACCAACAAAUCAUGGUGGUGGUAGUUUUGAGAGUAGUCAAGAGACUCCACUGCAAGAAAUAAACCCCAACAGGUAUUUUGAUGAGCGUAUCAGAAGUGAACAGUUUGAGAAGAAAAAGAAGAAGGAAAAAGAAGUGAGGACUUUUCACUCUAUAGGGACUGCAACAGCCGCUCCAACUCCAGCUCCAGCUCCAGCUGUGUUUGGUUUUGAUAUGAAGGAAAAGCCUGUGGAGACAAGAAUGGAUUUUGCCAAAGCUGCAGGGCCUGCAGCAAGUGUAAUGCAUAUGCAAACGCCAAGGACUAAUCCAGAAUUUCUUUUGGUGGAGACUAGUCCACCGCUUGCAGCUAGACUGAGAUACAGAGGCGGCGACAAGACAUCGAGUACUUAUGAUUUGGUUGAGCCGAUGCAUUUCUUGUAUGUGAAUGUGGUUAAGGCAAAAGAUCUUCCUGUAAUGGAUGUUUCGGGGAGUCUUGACCCUUAUGUGGAAGUAAAGCUUGGGAAUUAUAAAGGUGUUACCAAACACUUGGAGAAGAAUCAGAACCCAGUAUGGAAGCAAAUUUUUGCUUUCUCAAAAGAGAGAUUGCAGUCAAAUUUGGUGGAAGUGAUUGUGAAAGAUAAGGAUUUUGGGAAGGAUGAUUUUGUGGGGAAGGUUUAUUUUGAUCUAUCAGAAGUCCCUGUUCGAGUUCCACCGGACAGUCCAUUGGCUCCUCAAUGGUACAAAUUGGUGGACAAGAAGGGAGAUAAAACAAAAGGUGAAAUUAUGCUUGCAGUUUGGAUGGGAACACAAGCUGAUGAGUCAUUUCCUGAGGCAUGGCACUCUGAUGCACACAGCAUUAGUCACUCAAAUCUAUCUAACACCAGAUCAAAGGUUUACUUCUCUCCCAAGCUUUAUUACCUUCGAGUUAAUGUCUUGGAAGCACAGGAUCUUGUGGCAUCUGACAAAGGGCGAAUCCCGGAGGCAUAUGCUACAAUUCGUCUUGGAAAUCAGAUGAGGGUAACUAAGCCUUUGCAGACGCGAAAUCCGAUAUGGAAAGAUGAGUUUAUGUAUGUGGCAUCUGAGCCUUUUGAGGAUCUGAUUGUUGUGUCUGUUGAGGAUAGAGUUGGACCUGGCAAGGAUGAGACUUUAGGAAGGGCACACAUUACAGUUAGAGAGGUUCCAUCAAGACAUGAGGUCAAAAAGUUGCCAGAUCCUAGAUGGUAUAAUCUCCAAAAACCUUCAUUGGCAGAAGAGGAAGGUGAGAAGAAGAGAGAAAAAUUCUCAAGCAAGAUUCUAGUUGGAUUCUGCUUAGAACAAGGUUACCAUGUUCUUGAUGAAUCCACUCAUUUGAGCAGUGAUCUUCAGCCAUCUUCAAAGCACUUGAGAAAGUCUAACAUUGGAAUCCUUGAACUUGGGAUUUUGAGUGCAAAAAAUUUGAUGCCUAUGAAGAGCAAAGAUGGUAGAACUACUGAUGCAUAUUGUGUGGCAAAGUAUGGCAACAAAUGGGUCCGAACUAGAACACUCCUUGACACUCUGACUCCACGAUGGAACGAGCAGUAUACCUGGGAUGUUUAUGAUCCUUGCACAGUGAUCACAAUUGGUGUUUUUGAUAAUAACCACAUUAAUGGAAGCAAAGAUGAUGCAAAAGAUCAGAGAAUUGGAAAGGUGAGAAUUCGUUUAUCGACUUUAGAAACUGAUCGUGUAUAUACACAUUACUAUCCUUUGCUGGUACUCACACCCUCCGGUUUGAAGAAACAUGGGGAACUUCAAUUGGCAUUGAGGUUUACAUGUACAGCUUGGGCAAACAUGGUGACGCAAUAUGGAAAACCAUUGCUUCCCAAAAUGCAUUAUGUGCAGCCAAUACCAGUUAGAAAUAUUGAUUGGCUUCGCCAUCAGGCCCAGCAGAUAGUUGCAGCAAGGCUUGGAAGAUCAGAGCCACCACUUAGGCGCGAAACAGUUGAGUACAUGCUGGAUGUCGAUUACCAUAUGUUUAGUUUGAGGAGAAGCAAAGCCAAUUUCCAAAGAAUAAUGUCACUUCUUUCAGGGGUUACAGCUGUUUGUAGAUGGAUAAAUGACAUUUGCACCUGGAGAAACCCGGUUACAACAAUUCUUGUGCACGUGUUAUUCUUGAUACUGGUUUGCUAUCCAGAACUGAUACUGCCCACAAUUUUCCUCUACCUUUUUGUUAUUGGAAUCUGGAACUUCCGUUUCAGGCCAAGGCACCCACCUCACAUGGAUGCUCGUCUUUCACAAGCAGACCAUACACACCCAGAUGAGCUGGAUGAGGAAUUUGAUACAUUCCCGACAACAAGACCUGCAGACAUUGUAAGAAUGAGAUAUGACAGGCUUCGCAGUGUGGCAGGUCGAGUGCAGACAGUGAUUGGAGAUUUGGCGUCGCAAGGGGAACGGGCUCAAGCUAUACUGAGCUGGCGUGACCCAAGAGCUACUGCUAUCUUCAUCAUCUUCUCGUUGAUCUGGGCAGUGUUUAUUUAUAUUACCCCAUUGCAAGUGGUGGCAGUUCUGGUUGGUCUCUACUUUCUGCGCCAUCCCCGGUUCAGGAGCAAGAUGCCUGCUGUACCUGUCAACUUCUUCAAAAGAUUACCAGCCAAGUCAGAUAUGCUACUAUGAUACAGCAACUGUGUCACUACAUUCUUGUAAAUGUCAAGAUAAAUCAUAGCUGCAGAAGACCGAAAAAUAAAGCUGCAGCAGUUUUCUUUUGUCCCUGUUAUCCUCCAUGGCUCCGUCAGCAGAAGAAGUUACUCCGCCAGAUUUCUCAGAGCCCACCAUUCUUUGGGCUUCUAUAUAUACUUUGUUUAUUUUUCUCCUGUUGGGUGAAUUUUCAAUGUUAUAUAUAUAUUGUAUUCUCGAGUAA